AUGCCUCCAGCGCAUCGCGGCCCCACCGGCUCGCCCAUGGAUCGAUGGACAGAUGCUUCUCCCAGCGCCAUCUCGAGCGGCUUCCAGACCGCCAUGUCGCUCGGUCCACAGCCUUCGUUGACCGGUCUUUCACGCAGCAUGACAUCGGCCAGCUUUGCCAACACCGACGACGAAGACGAUGAUGACGAUGAUGAAGACGCAGACGGCGGAUCACCAGCCAAUGCCACUGGAAAGAAAGCGAAUGGAAAGGUCGCAAAGGGAAAGAAGGCUGCUGGCGGCUCUGCUGCAGCUGGCAAGGGCAAGGAUGCCAGGGCAGCUCAACACAGAAAGGAGCAGAACAGAGCCGCUCAACGAGAGUUCCGCCAGCGCAAACAGCAGUACAUCCGUGCAUUGGAGGCCAGGGUCGAACUUCUCUCUUCGGAUCAUGAUACUCAAGUCAACCGCCUGCGCUUCGCUUUGCGUCACCUGCUUGCCGAGAACAACACUCUGCGCGGCAUCGUCGGCAACCUAGCGCACUUUAUCGGAAAGCGAAGCAUCGGAGGUUGCCUCGUCGAGUCCGGCAUGACUCCAGAGAUGCUCGAAGCAACCAUGAACUCUUCAAGCGAAAAGGUCAUGUCCGAAGCCUGGGCCAACUGGCCAGGUGCAGGCGAGUGCGAGGCGCUCAAACAGAUUCGCAAGGAGAGCAACAUCCCCGCAGACGGAUUGCCCGAAAGCAAGCUCAUCAACUACUUUCGAGAUGCACAGGGGAAAAAUGGCAACGACGCCACUCCAAGUUCGGAUGCGACCACCGCCGACAAGAAGAAGAGGUCAGUGGAUGACGCAUCCUCCAAAAACGCCAAACGCAAACGCAAGACCGACGAUGUGCAGAUCACCGCAACCAAUUCCGGCUCCAAUCCGGCCACCGCCUCCUCCGCCCAGAGCAGUCCUUCCGCACAAUCGAGCAUGAUGGCACCUGGUCAACCAUUCACCUCCUCGCCUCAGAUGAUGGGCACAAAUCAGUUGGACGCAGCACAACAGCAGCAGCAGCAGGCGCCACCUCAACCGCAAAUGCCCUACACACUUCCGACUCAAUUUUGGCAGCCAACUCAGAUUGGAUUUCCCAGACAGGAUUCCAUCGGCGUCGACGCCAUGUUUGCUCAGACUCUGCUCGGAGGCGGUAAUUCAGACCUCUCCAGCUUAGCCUCGCUGUUCCCCAACGAAGCGGGUGUGAACCAGAACCUCUUUCCGCAAGCAAAUGCGACCGGCUUCAAUACUUUCGCCCCGACCAGCAACGGCGACGGCGGUGGUGGUCCGAUCGUUCCGAGCGGCGCAUCCAACUUCCUUCCGUUUGGUACAGGCUUUGCGCCCUCGGCGCCUGGCUUUGCUCAAACGUCGGGCGCUCCUAGCAUGGGAUCGACAGCUGCUCCUACAGCCGCGCCUGUCGGUGCAACCCACAUAUCGCCUUCGCGUGUUAUAGGUGGAGUCGAGACACUCAUCAUCCCCAGCAGUAGUCGCCUUCCACCCGAAUACAUGCGAAACCUGCGUCGUCGUUGGGCACGUUGUUCUGCUCAAGUCAACCGCAUCUGGGCCAAGCGAGGCGCCACAUCGUUUCUAAACCUUCCCAACGACUACCGGCUGGAUGACGACGACGUUCGAUUCAUCGAGCACGACGAAGCUACCAACCCUCACACCAAGAUCGCAUACAUUCGUCUGCCCAACGAAUGGGACGAAGGCGAUCUGAGUGUAAAAGGCAACGGUAGAGGCUCGACCGACGGCAGCUCGCCUUACGACAUCGACGACAAGGCGGACCGAUUUUUGCAGCUCACGUACCACAUGAACAACUACCGCUUGAAUCCAAAUUACAGUCUACCUCCCGUGCUCAAGAUGUCGCAAUCGCAGCUGUCCACCCCACACGACCCUGCCAUCGACAGCCUGCCCUGGCCCUCGAUCAGGGACAAGAUGAUCCAGAUGCCUCAGUUGGACACGCACAGCGUCGUCAUCGAUCUUUGUCGAUUCCUGUCGGUGGGAGACGGCGAUGUCAACUCGGAAAAGACGUGGGUGUUGACGUUGCCGUUCUUGAUCAGGUAUCCGCAGCUCGCGGACGCGGCGCUGUUGGCGAACACGAAUGCGCAGAGGGUGGCCAGAGGCGAAGGCGAGGUGACGAUGGAGGAUGUGUGGAAGGAGCAUGCCAGGUUCCAGGAGUAUACGCAGGCCAAGUUGAAGGAGAUGAGUUGA